UUGCCUUUUCUCAUUUAUUUUUCUCUCCUAUCGUGAUUUUUUCCUUGAGAUAUUUUGUGAAUUUUCAUCAUUAAUUAUAUAAUUUUGUGGAAGUUAUCCCGUAUUUAUUUAGACUUCAUAUUAUUUCCAUCAUUAAUUAAGAUUUACCUUGCAAGCAGUCCAAGCACACAAAAACAUCAUCAUAGAAGUUAAAUUCAACAAACUAAGGGAAAGAAAAGAAUAAAAUAAGAACCUGCGUUUUUUGUGAUGAGUACCAAAUUAGGCAAACUUUCAUACGUUGUUUAGCCGGUAGAAGUCGGUUACUACUAUUCACAACAUUCAGUACCUGCCUUACAAAUAAAGAAAACACAAACACCCAAAAAAACAAAACUCCUUAGAAUUACAAUUUCAUACACAAAUAAAAACCCAAACAUAAAAUAAAAUUCACACCAAAAAGAAAAAAAACAAGUAACGUUAACCUCUCAAUUUCCUCCAAUCCUUAAACUUCUUUGCUUCGAUCCAAAAACCUUAACCCCUUUUUUGCAGUUUUUAGGAGAGAGAAAAGCAAGAGAUCUUCCCCCAAAUCGCAUAUUCCCUCAAAUUUCCAAUUUUUCCGGAAUUUUUAUGCCAGAUUAUUCAAAGCUAAUGGCAACAGUGACAAUGGCAUCAGCUGCUGGUGCAGCUGCACUAUUGUAUUAUACCUUAAACAAGAAGUUGCAAUCGGGUACGGCUGAGAUUGAUGAAGAGGAAAAUGUUGCGGUUGUCACCGGAAAUAAUGGUCCUUUAGGGAUUGAGAGGGUUUCUACUAGACUAAUUCGAGCGCCUGGGACGUGGUUGGAGACGAUUUCAACCUUAUCGGAGACGCUUCGGUUUACUUAUUCUGAGACUUUGGGGAAGUGGCCUAUUGGGGACUUGGCCUUUGGCAUUAGUUUUCUUUUGAAGAGGCAGGGAAACUUAUGUGUCCAAGAUGUAUUUGGAGGAAACGAUAGUGUACAGUUAAAGGGGCCAGAAAUAGCUGUGGAACUUAAAUAUCUCCUGAAAUUGUUAACUCUUUGCUGGCAUUUUUCAAAGAAGCCUUUCCCACUGUUUUUGGAGGAGACAGGCUAUACUUUAGAAGAUGUUCUUCUUCAGGAACCUAAAGCUGGGAUUUUGAAGCCUGCAUUUACAGUUCUUAUAGAUCACAAAGAUAAGGGUUUACUAUUACUGAUUCGUGGAACUCACAGUAUCAAGGAUACUCUGACUGCUGUCACUGGAGCGGUUGUGCCAUUUCAUCACACUGUUGUCCAGGAAGGAGGUGUAAGCGAUUUAGUUUUAGGAUAUGCGCACUGUGGAAUGGUUGCAGCUGCUCGAUGGAUCGCUAAGAUAGCAACACCAUGUAUUAUUAAAGCUCUUGAUGAGCAUCCUGAUUAUAAAUUGAAGAUUGUUGGGCACUCUCUUGGUGGGGGCACUGCAGCUCUUUUAACUUUCAUAUUACGUGAGCAGAAGGAACUAUCUUCCACGUCAUGUGUCACAUUUGCUCCAGCGGCUUGCAUGACAUGGGAAUUGGCAGAAUCAGGCGUGGAUGUAAUUACUUCCAUCAUAAAUGGGGCUGAUUUAGUCCCAACCUUCUCAGCGGCAUCAGUAGAUGAUUUACGAGCGGAGGUGACAGCCUCUGCAUGGCUGAACGAUUUGAGGAAUCAAAUUGAGCAGACCAGGAUUCUCAGCACUGUGUAUCGUUCUGCUUCAGCGCUGGGUGCUAGCGCUAGAGCAAAAGUUGCUGGUGCUGGCGCUGUACUUCGACCUGUUUCUAGUGGUACUCAGGCUGUCAUGAAAAGAGCCCAGAGCAUGGCUCAUGCGGCAUUGAGACGCCCCGCUGUGCUUUCUUCAUGGUCAUGCAUUGGACCUCGGAGACGUGCCAACACAGUGCUGUCAGACGGGCAAGAGCAAUCCUCUGAUUUUGCUCCUAUAAUCACUGAAACUUCCGAACCUCCCAUUGGAUGUUCACGUGAAUCCACCUCUGAGACCGUGGAUCUUCCUUUAUCUUCAUCUGAGGGAUUACAGUGGAAUUCGGAAACUGGAUGCUCUUAUUCUGAGGCAAGACAUGUGCAGAGUGAAUUAAAUGUUGAUGUUGCAGAUGGUGAGGACCUUGUGGAGAGCCCAAGAAAUGAAGAUCUCAUGACCGAAGUUGAGUUGUGGCAGCAACUUGAGCAUGAGCUUUAUGAUCGAGCUGAAGGGGAUGUUGAUGUGGAGAAGGAAAUAAGAGAAGAAGAACAAGCUGCAAUGGAAGAGGUUGGAGCUACUGAACCUGAAGGCUCAGCCCCUGAAGCUAAAGAAAUACAUAGAUUUUUCCCACCGGGAAAAAUAAUGCACUUAAUCAGUCUUCAAGAAGUGGCUGAGGAUGAAGGCAGUGUUACAUCAAGUGAUAGUGGAAGUAGGCAGUCCAUGGAGGGUAAAGUAGGGAUAUUCCUCACUCCGAGGGCAUUGUAUAGUAAAUUGAGGCUUUCUCAUAGCAUGAUUAGCGAUCACUUGAUGCCCUUAUACCGAAGGCAGAUAGAAAAACUCAUCAGGGAAUUUGAGAAUGACUUUUCGGAAGGUAGCCAUUAUAACGAAGGAACUGGAGUAGUUUUAUGAGAGGCAAUAAAUGUAUUCUGCAUUUUUCCUGGGCAACUACGUAUGCAGAAUCAGGCAACUACAUUGUAAAUAAUGGUACUAAGUUACUAACAACUAAAUAUCCAAGGUAGUCGAAACACUGAUUAAUGGCUAUGGGAUGCAUCAAGUGCUGCAUCUUUGGACAAGAGAAUGAUGCACCUCAGCAGAAAUCCAGAGAGACUACGCGACCUUCAGCUUUUUGUUAGAGUCAUGAGACUCAUGACUUCUAACCACAUACAAUAACAAGAGUGAGUUGAAUCUGACGACAGUCAUCUGUAGCAAAGCAUGCUUCAGUGCGAUGUGAUAUCAGUAUUUCAUUCAUUCUUGGCUGUAUAAUUUUUGCCUUCAAUCUGAAGUUUUUGUUAUUGUGUUUGAAAGUACAAGUAUAAUUUAAUGAAAAUAUACGUUCACUAAAAAUUCUUGUCCUAUAAAUCGGAGUAUGAUGUUUGUUUAUACUCCGUAUAUGUUAAAAUGAAAAUGGCUCUUAAUAUUAACUCCAGAACCUGU